AAUCUUUUGGCUGAGAAGGUGGAACAGCUGAUGGAGUGGAGCUCAAGGCGCUCAGUCAUCCGCAUGAACGGAGACAAAUUCCGAAGAUUUGUGAAGGCUCCGCCUCGUAACUACUCUGUGAUAGUGAUGUUCACCGCAAAACCACAACGGCAGUGCUCUGUUUGCAGGCAAGCUAAUGAAGAAUAUCAAGUGCUGGCUAAUUCAUGGCGCUAUUCAUCUGCUUUUUCAAACAAACUGUUUUUCACAAUAGUGGAUUAUGAUGAAGGGGCAGAUGUUUUUCAACAGCUGAAUAUGAACUCUGCUCCGACUUUCAUGCAUUUUCCUCCAAAAGGUAAACCCAAGAGAGCUGACACAUUUGACCUACAGAGAAUCGGAUUUGCAGCUGAGCAGCUAGCUAAAUGGAUAGCUGACAGAACAGAUGUUCAUAUCAGAGUGUUCAGGCCUCCUAACUAUUCUGGUACAAUUGCACUGGCUCUUCUGGUAUCUCUUGUUGGUGGCUUGUUAUAUCUGCGAAGAAAUAACUUAGAGUUCAUCUACAACAAAACCGGCUGGGCUAUGGCAGCUCUGUGUGUUGUAUUUGCCAUGACAUCUGGUCAGAUGUGGAAUCACAUCCGUGGACCCCCGUAUGCACAUAAAAAUCCUCAGAAUGGACAAGUGGUAAGUUCAUUCUUUUAUUUUGAGGGGAAAUAUAUAGAUAGUCACUGCCUACA